ACCCUGAACCCUAGCUGAUCACCGGCGAGGAGAGAGAGGAGUGAGUAGAAAGCACAGCAAUGGUGUCGGGAUCGGGAAUCUGCGCAAGAAGGGUUGUAGUGGAUGCGAGGCACCACAUGUUGGGGCGCCUGGCGUCCAUCCUCGCCAAGGAGUUGUUGAACGGCCAGAGAGUUGUGGUGGUGAGAUGCGAGGAGAUCUGCCUCUCCGGCGGCCUCGUCCGUCAAAAAAUGAAGUACCACCGCUUCCUACGCAAGCGCAUGAACACCAAACCUUCCCACGGGCCCAUCCACUUCCGUGCUCCCUCUAAGAUCCUCUGGCGCACCAUCAGAGGGAUGAUUCCACAUAAAACUAAGCGCGGAGCUGCGGCUCUUGCACGAUUGAAGGUGUACGAGGGGGUGCCUCCACCAUAUGAUAAGGUGAAGAGGAUGGUUAUUCCUGAUGCUCUCAAGGUUUUGAGGCUCCAGGCUGGUCACAAAUACUGUUUGUUGGGUAAACUUUCAUCUGAGGUCGGCUGGAACCACUAUGAUACUAUCAAGAUUCUGGAGAAUAAGAGGAAGGAGAGAGCCCAGGCAGCUUACGAGAGGAAGAAGCAGCUAACAAAAUUGAGGGUCAAGGCUGAGAAGGCUGCAGAGGUGAAACUUGGAUCUCAACUUGACAUUCUCUCUUCGGUAAAGUACUGAAUCUAGAUGGUAAAUGUUGCAUUGUGGCUACAAGUCUUCGGUGGAAAUAUUAUCAUAUUUCAAGGGCUGGGCUAUAUUGCUACCCAAUUUUUGUUUUCAUGCUAUAGAAAGACACUUUAUUUGAUUUCCUUGGUACUAUUUUUGAUAAUUCUGAAUAGACGUCUUGUUUUAUAGCAGCCAGUGAUUUCUCCUUUAUUUCCUUCCUAUAUUUGCUUGAGUA